AUGCUCGUCUCUCUGACCGUCGGCAAGGUCGACGCCGGUGUCACGGUCCUCCUGACGCCGGACAAGCGCCUAAUCGAAUUCCCCUCCAUCCUUCUUCCUCCCAAUAUCUCGUCCGGUAGCAUCGUCGACAUCACCGUCGCCCGCAACCUGGGCUCAGAGGCCAAGACCGAACAUGCCUUCCGCGAGCUCCAGGACCGUAUCUACUCCUCCUUCGGCGCCAGCGCGCCGACGACGCCCAUUCUCCGCUGCCGUAAUGCGACGCAGACCUCCGUAGUUCUCGAAUGGGACCCCAUUGAGCUCGCGACCGCCGACCUCAUCUCCCUCUCCCUAUACCGCAACGGCCAAAAGGCCGGCAACAUCCCCCGCCCGCUGCAGAUGCACAGCACGAAGAUCAGCGGCCUCGCCGUCGACACGGACUACACUUUCCAUCUCGUCUUGCGCACCACGGCCGGCACCUUCAGCUCCGACAAGGUCGUCGUACGCACGCACAAGAUGACGGACCUCAGCGGCAUCACCAUCACCACGGGUAUCAUGCCCGCUUCCACGAGGGAGGCUCUGACCGCCGCCGUUGAACGCAUCGGCGCCAAGAUCGUCGACAGCGUCCGUAUCGACACGACGCACUUUGUCACCACCGAGGGUCGCGGCCUGGCGUGGGAGAAGGCCGUCGAGACGAAUAUACCUGUCGUCCGGCCCGAGUGGGUCGAGGCGUGUGAGAAGAAUGGCCGCAUCCUCGGCGUGACCAAGUUUUACCUCGACGCCCUCAGGCCGGGCCCCUCGAGCGACGAGCUGCAGCAGGCGCCGACUCCACCCCAGCCGCAACAGACGCCGCAGACGCACAAGGAGCUGCCGACGCCUCCGGCCACCAACACGCCGGAGAAUAACUACGAAGCGGCCGCCACGUCAGCCGCGUCAGCCAAAUCGUCCGAAGAUGAAAAGCCCACGUCCAAGGCGGAGGACGACGAAUCUUCCGGCGACGAAGAUAAGGAGGCGGAGCAGAAGAGGAUUGCGGACCAGGAGGAGCAGAAAGUGAGGCUGGAGGACAAGGACGAGCAGAACCUUGCCCACCGGCCAAAGGAGGGCUCGGAUUCGGGCAGCGAGGACGGCAGAGGAGAAGAGGACAACCCGAGCAAGGAGGAGAAGCCGGGUGCUUCCCCCGACGGAGCGUCCUUUCAGGAUGUAGCCUUGUAA